ACCCGGGUCGCUGAAGUCUUAUAGGAUGGAUAUUUCUGUUAACUCUGAUUAUGGCGGAUUGCCUACUGAAAAUACCAUUGAAAUACCAUUAAGAGGAGGUGACGAAAUAAUUGAACUUGACACAGACCAGUUGCCCGAUGGUGAAGAAGUGCUCAACAUAUUGAAUCAAGAAAAAGCUCCCUUGCAAAUUUGGAUCACUGUUGCUAUUGCUUACUAUAAAAAGAAAUUAUACGAUGAUUUUGAAAAAGUUCUUGAGGAAGCAUAUCUAAAUGCAGCUGAUCUUCAACCAUAUCAUGAUAGCGACUUGGUUCGAUUGCUAGAUAUGCUUGCUAAUUAUUAUGGUCGUAAAGCUUACAAAGAAAAAAGCAAGGAUAAAAAGAACCAAUUAAUUGCUCAAGCAACUAGACUUUUUACGUCAGCUGAUCGAAUUGAUAUGUACGAUCAAAAGCAUCUAUUGGGCCGAGCGUUCUUCUUUAUCUACGAAGGUGAAAAUUGGAGUCAAGCUGAUAGUCAAUUAAAUUUUGUUUUAAAUCAAGGUGCUCCGAGUGUACCAGCUUAUCUAGGCAAAGCAUGUAUUGCAUUUAAUAAAAAAGAAUAUAGAAAUGCCUUGGGAUUUUAUCGUAAAGCAUUACGAUUACAGCCAAAUUGUCCAGCUACUGUUCGACUUGGAAUGGGUCAUUGUUUUUUUCGAUUGGGCAAUAUGGAAAAAGCCCGUUUAGCGUUUAAACGAGCUUUGGAUUUAGAUCCAGAAUGUGUUGGUGCAUUAGUUGGAUUGGCUGUGUUGGAUCUUAAUGAAAAGACUCAAGAGUCAAUUAAACAAGGAGUUCAGAAAUUAUCACGCGCUUAUAAUCUUGACUCAACUAAUCCUAUGGUGUUAAAUCAUCUAGCUGAUCAUUUUUUUUAUAAAAAGGAAUAUGCUAAAGUUCAUCGAUUAGCUUUACAUGCAUUCUAUAAUACUGAAACGGAAUCUAUACGUGCUGAAAGUUGUUAUCAAAUGGCUAGAGCAUUUCAUAUACAAGAAAAUUAUGAUAAUGCAUUUCAGUAUUAUUAUUUAGCCACACAACUUGCUUCUUCAACAUUUAUUUUACCAUUUUAUGGUCUUGGUCAAAUGUAUUUACAUCGUAAUGAUUUAGAACAUGCUGCUAUGUCAUUCGAACGUGUACUAAAAGAUAAUCCAAAUAAUUAUGAAACUUUAAAAAUACUAGGUAGUUUAUAUGCUCAAUCUAACAAGGCAGAUAAACGUACACAGUCAAAACAAUUAUUUAAACAAGUAACUGAAAGUCAACCGGAAGAUGUCGAAGCAUGGAUUGAAUAUGCUCAGUUAUUAGAUAACGAUAUUAAUGGAGCUUUAGAUGCUUAUUCUAAAGCAUUAACAAUUUUAGAGAAUAUUCAGCUGGAAAUUGCACCAGAAAUUUUAAACAAUAUUGGUGCACUUCAUUUUAUAAAAGGAGAAUAUGAUAAAUCUUCUGAAUUUUUCACACGGUCAUAUGACCGUAUUCUUGAAGAGCAAAGAAAUGAAGAGAAUGAAUGCGGUGGAGAUAGUUCUGGAUUAACUAACGAUGACUACUAUCAUGGAUUAAGUAUUACAGUUCGUUACAAUCAAGCAAGACUUCAUGAAGCUCAAGGUAGAUCAGAUUUAGCUGAAGAAAUUUAUAAGAGUAUUCUACUACGACAUCCAAGUUAUAUUGAGUGUUACCUUCGUUUGGGUUGUAUUGCACGUGAUCGAGGACAGAUUCGUGAUGCUUCAAUUUGGUUCAAAGAAGCUUUAGAUGUAGAUCAAGAUAAUCCAGACGCUUGGACACUGAUUGGAUUAUUACACUUAAAUAAAAAUGAAGUUGAACAAGCCCAGAAGAAAUUUGAUCGGAUUAUUAGACAGCCAGCGUAUAGAGCAGAUGCAUUUGCACGUAUAUGUUUAGGGAAUAUUUGGUUAACUACUCUACAUCAUCCUAUCAAAGAUAAAGAUAAACGUAAAAGGCAUCAGGAUCGUGCAUUAUCUUUCUAUAAAGCUGUUCUAUGCGCUGAUCCUAGAAAUAUAUGGGCUGCACAUGGUAUUGGUUGUGUAUUAGCACAUAAAGGAUUUGUUAAUGAAGCUAGAGAUGUAUUUGCACAAGUUCGUGAGGCAACGGCUGAUUUCCCAGAUGUUUGGAUUAAUAUAGCACAUAUUUAUGUUGAACAAAAACAAUACACUGCUGCAAUUCAAAUGUAUGAAAAUUGUAUUAAGAAAUUCUCUCGACAGAAUAAUACAGAAUUGUUACAAUAUUUGGCUAGAGCACAUUUUAAAGCUGGUCAGUUGAAAGAGUGUAAAACUAUGCUAUUAAAGGCUCGUCAUGUUAAACCAUGGGAUCCUGUAUUAACAUUCAAUUUGGCUUUUGUUCAAAAAAGAUUGGCUGUUACUGUGCUACAAGAUGAGACAAGUAGUUUUUCAUCUGUUUGUGAAGCAAUAGCUGAUUUAAAUAUGGCCAGAUGUACAUUUAAUCAUUUGUCAAAGUUGAAUGAAGUGUUAAAUCAAGCUAUGGCGGCUGAUGAAGCACGUAUCUGCCAAGAUCUAUUAAGUCAAGCUAAAUAUCAUCUUGAUAGAGCUAAAUCACGUGAAGAACAAGAACGAGUUGUUCGAAAACGUCAAGUUGGUUCAAUCUCAUCAUGUUAAUAUUCAAUUAUUAUCUCUUCUUUUUUAUACCAUAUUUCAAAUUGUUAUCACUUUAAAUUAUCACAACACUAUCGAACCAAUAACUUUGUUAAUAUAUAAUAAAUGCGAUGUGGCUAGCAGUAAAAUCCACGACGCGCGUUUAGUCCUGUUUGGGACUUGUCAACUGGAUAUUCGUAAAUCCCAGUAUCAACAACGGAAUAAUCCAAACCAUUACAAAUUGGGCUAGAUCUCAUAUCCGUUGCACAAGUAGGUGGCUAUCACAACUCAGUAGCUAAGUGGAUAACUCAGUGGCAAACAGUUUCGGAUUCGAGUCUCUGAGUGAACAUUAACUCAAGGAUUGAAUUACAUCCGGCCGACGAGUCCCAAAUAGGUCGAAAAGCACAUCCUGGAUUCCAUUGCUAGCCACGUCCCAUCUGUCCAAUAUCAACUUGUCAUAAUGGGUAUAUCGAGACAAUCCGCAAAGGAUACCCAUGUACCAUCCAAGACCGAUCGAAUUUCAACCAAAAAUACCAGGAGCGGUAUAAUCCAAACCAUUUCAAUUGAAUUAAAUUUACUAACAAUUAACGCUAAAAAUCAACUUUGCAGUAAGAAAUGAAGUUAAGUUAAGUUCAUUAUAUACUUCUUUAAUUCUUGUAUACUGAUAGUUAGCAGAGUCUUAUAACGAUUACAGAAAGAAUAAAAUCUUGCCUAGCUCAGUGGUCUAGAGUUUUCGUAUUCGGUCACGAGACCGAAGGUCACACGACGUCUCCUUUUCGUUGUUUCUGCCUACACUUCCACUGACUGCAGCCUGGAUGAAGUGAAAGAUGACUUAUAGCGGAAGCUUUCUGAACUUCAUAAGGCUGAACGCUCAGACAUAGUGCUCGUAGCAGGUGACUUUAAUGCCCAGGUAGGUAGCUUAAACCAAGCAGAAAGAUAUUUAGGUGGGGAUUUCGGCUCAGCGAACAGAUAAUAGUGACUGUUUGCUGCACUGUGCUCAGACAAUCGUUUAUUUUCAGACAGCACUAAUUUUAAGCAUAAGGGGAGACAUCGUCUAACAUGGCAAUUCCUUGCAGCAAACCAACGAUUGACUCAAAUACACCAUCAUUCAUCGUUUGAGAGGCUCAAUAGAAGGCUGACGCUCGUUCUGGAAUACUUAUUUGGACUCCGAUCAUACUCUAAUACGAGCACGCAUUUGCUUGCGCCUCUCUGGACGCAGAAAAGCUACAUUAAGAAGACCCAUUAGAGUUAAACUCAAUCACGAGAAAGCCAAAAGUAGGUUCCAGGAACAACUGAGGUCACACUUAGGUAGUUCUGAAAACGAGACUAACCCAGAUGUUGCUUGGACAAAUAUACGAACAGCUGUGGAAAAAGGAGCGAUAUAUAUUAAUGAUUUGAACCAAAGGGUCACGGAAAAUCCGAUUAUUUCUACCAAGUCAAGUGUGAGACUAUUUCGGAAAAAGAUGACACUCUUAUCUACUCUCAGCCCAGAAGUUUAGAACGAUGGGAGGGACACUAUAAGAAGCAGUUUCUCUGGCCUUCAGCUACUCUCCAACUACCAUCAUUCCCAGACAGCCUGAAUAGAAUAUUGAAGUAGGUCCCUCGACUCUAAUUGAACUUCAAAAAGCUAUAGCUAAUCUGAAACAAGGGAGAGCAGCUGGUCCAUAUAGAUUGACUUCAGAGGUAUUUAAAUAUGGUAGUCCAGUUUUAGCUGUUAGGUUGACUAUUAUUUUAGUUAAAGUUUGGGAGUUGGACGUAAUCCCAUCUGACUGGUCGCAAUCACUGACUGUCCCAAUACACAAGAAGGGACCAAAAUCAUCCUGUGACAACCAUGGAGGGAUUAUUAAAAAGAAGAAUAUAUUUGUAAAAUCUCAGCGAAUGAAUUUUAAGUAAAUCCUAGAGCACGUUAUGCAAAGUGAGAAAUACUUGACAUAACAUGUAUUCGCGUGAAUUUUCUUUUAAACCUACGUUUGGUAGAACGGUAGUUGUUUUUUCUCUGAUUGCCCUAAUUGUCAAAUAAGGUAAGACUAAAGCUUAACUACUUACUUAUCAAACAAACGUUCAUCAUUGUGUAUGUUUGGAUAGGGGUGAGGGGAGAUUAAUUAGGAAUUCUGUCUAUAUUUCUCUUAUCAUAAUGUUUUUUUCUCAACAUUAGGAGGAAGAACGUGAAGCACAACGUAAGCGUCAAUUGGAAUUACAACAACAAGCUGAACAAAUGCGACUUGAUCGUGAACGACGUUUAGAAGAAGAACGUGGACGUUUCUUGGAGAAAGCUAAACAAAUUAUAAUUGAACCAGUUGUAGAGGAGAAGAAAUCACGUCGUAGUGGUGGCGGUAGUCGAAAACGUGAUGAUUUUAUUGCAUCUGGUGAUGAGGAAAGCAGUGACGGUUCUAAUGAGGCGGAAGCCGGUGAUCGUUCAGAAAAUGUGGACAGCGUUGGUCAACAGAAACAAAAAAAGAUUGGAAAUAAACGUCAAAGUUCCGAGUCAAAGGAAGGAAAUCUUUUGCGUAAAAAGUCGAGAUUCUCUACUUCACGUGAUGAUGGAUUAUCAGCUAAACAAAGAAUGAGAAUAGUUAGUAAAGCUAUUGUUUCUGAUUCAAGUGAUAGUUCAAGUAGCGGUGAAGAAGAUGAACAUUAAAACAUUUACAAAUAAAUAUGUAGGUAUGAUUACUAACAUCUUAGUGAUUUUUUUCUUCACAAAAUGGAAUGAUAUCUGGUUGAUAAGUUAAGCAACAUUAAAACAUGAACUAUAUCCAAACAUAUAUAUAAAUAAAUUAAAGAAUUAAUGCUUGUAAAACAAGAAAAUUUCCACUACAGUUUGGAUAGUAGUAAAAGAUUGAUUAUAUGUAUAAAGCAUUUUAAGAUAUGUUAAACACGUCUAGUUUUUGAUCUGUGUUCGUCAUGUCGUCUUGGACUACUGCUGUCCGACAAAUCUGAAGGUGAUGAGUCCAUAGAUUGUUGUUGCCUACCCGUCAAAGGAGGCGACUGAUCUUCAGAUUCGCUACCGUCAUCAUCAUCAGAUUAUAAAAUUUUACGGGUCAACGCUGUAGCACGUGCUUGAUGUUCUUGUUCAUCACUUGAUGUUAGUAAUCACACCUACAUACUUAUUUGUAAAUAUAGUAUAACUCAGUGUAAUACUGAGUUCUUAAUGACUGAAACUACUCCAUAAAAGUCGAAUUCUCAUUAUCUACAGAUCUUUUUCAAAGCAAUAACCAGUGUAGCUUGCUAAUUUUUACAGAAUAAUAUUUUGUAUAUUGAAAUUUCGUAAACC